GACAAAGAACAACGUGGUCCUACGAGUUUUAUUUGGUAAAAGGCGGGACAAGUUCAAUAGGGAUUACUAGUUGGGGUGGGGGACAACCCGCCGAAUUCUCAACAGCAGAAAUCACUGGGCCGUGCACGUGGAACGACGAAAAAAAUUUAGUUAAGCAUUAGAUCAUAAGUUUCUCCUCUCAAAUAAUUGCAAAUAAAGGAAAAGACAAAAAUAAUUAUGUAUUAAGACGAGGUGAUAACUUCAUAUACUUGAUAUUAUUUUCUAUGUGCUUGGAAGAAAUCAAAUUGUUACCAAAAGACGUAUUUUCUUUUAAUGAAAAGCUUUCAUUUGCGAUAACGGCAUUUUUUUUGGAAACUUUUUGAAGCAUUUGGAAUAGUUUCAAUGAUGUCCAAUUGCAACGGUUAUGAUGUCACUUUGAAAAAGAAAAGAAAUGACGGAAACAACUUAGAUAUUUGGCAACGGAUCACUCUAACCGAUGAAUGUCUUAAAGAAAUAUUUCUUCAUACACCUGUAAUAGAUAGAAUUCGUUUAGAACGAGUUUGUAAACAGUGGCAAAAAGUAAGCAGAAAGUCUUGGGAGGCGGUUGAGAAGCUCGUUAUCACAUCACCACGUGAUGCACAAUCUUCUGUCGUGGAAGGCACAAAGGAUUAUGUCAGUUUAAGAACGCUGAAAUCUCAUCACUUGAAGCUUAUUUUAUCACGCUGUGGUCAAUAUAUUAGACACUUCGCUUUAGAAGAGUUUGGAGAGUCUUUUGAUCCUCAUUUUAUAUCUACAAUAUGUGAAUACUGUCAUAAUAUUGAACAUAUUGAUAUUCUUGAAAUGCAAAAACCUCAUUUUAAAGGAGUUGGUGAACUCCUGGCAAUGAAUAAAAAUAUCAAAGUUGUCAAGUUUAUCGCAUGUGGUCAAGGAGUUGAUGCUUGUCUCCGAUAUUCACCAUCACAGUACCUAGAAAAAUUAGUUUUAUGUUUCUCUAAUCAUGGUCAAGAACUUACUCAUUUACAUGAGAUUUUAUCAAAUGCUCGAUUUCUGAAAUCUCUUAAGUUACGUGAAUACAACAUCAAUACAUAUACCUUAGAACUUAUUAGUAAAUUACCUCGCUUAAUAAAAUUAUAUUUGGUUGAUCUGGAAAUGGAUCAACCUGCUUUACAAGAAGCUUUAUUGCGAAUCCCCAAUAUCACAACAUUACAAGUAUUAUCCAUUAAAGGAAAAGGAGUAACUGAUGAAUUUUUAAUAAAACUAGCAAAAAAUUGUCGACAAUUAGAAUCUCUUGAUAUUGGUUAUUGUCAAAAUGUCACAGAAAGAGGUCUUGAAGCUAUUGAUACUUUAUCCGAAUUAAGAAAUUUAGAUGUAUCAGAAAUAUCAAGAGUAGAUGAUGAUAUUUUGGCGAACAAUUUUCAUCAUUUAGAACGAUUGAAGUGUAGUGGAUGUAAAUCAAUAACAAGCAAGGGUUUGAUAUCAUUUAUACGGCAAUCUUUAAAUUUACGUGAUCUCCGUAUAUGGGAUUGUUCAUUAGAAAAUGUCAAAGAAAUGCUUAAUGCUGCUGCUGGUGCCGUUGAAGCACGUUGUGAUGACAGCGUUCUUGUUGUCGUACUAGAAAGUAGUUUUGAUAAAUCAUUAUAUGCUGAUUUUACACCAUACUUGGAUAUUCGAAAAGCUGAAGAUGAACAGUGAAUGAUGAAUGUUUAAAGUACAAAUUAAUUAAUGAUAGAUGGGGUAAUAGCCAGAGAAGUGCAAGGGAAGAUGGAUAAACCAGCGUUAAAAUAACAUAACCAUCAUUCUAGAGCAUCAGGAAUGUAGUUGGAAAUUAAUCCUGUGUC